AUGCUCAUCCACCUGGAGGACGAGGACGACGAGGCCGACCGGACCGCGGGCAACGAGUGCUGGACCUGCCCGACGUGCACCUUCACGAACGUGCGCGAGGCGGGCGCGGGCGACUUCGGGACCUGCUCCGUCUGCGAGAGCCCGCGGCCCGAGGAGGCCGACGUCUUCGUCGCGUCGCCGCGGGCCCUCGAAUUCGACGCGCCCUCCCCGGCCAAGCAGCGGCGGGGGUCGGGCAUCUUCAAGAGGAGCGCCGGCGCGGACCGCCUCGCGGCGCUCCUGUCCAUGGACAUCGACGGCGGCGACCCGUCGCCGGCGGAGAACGCGUGGGCGGACGUCGCGACGAAAACACCGGACGACGCCGCGGACGCGGUCCCCGGGGAUCUGAUGGAGGACGAGGACGCGCAGAUCGCCUACGGCGUCGCCGUGAGCCUGCUCGUGAGCGGCCUCGCGAAGAAGGACCUCGCCGCGGCGCUCGUCGACAACAGGGCAGGACAAGAGAGCGAAAUUCCCAACUUCAAAGGCUCCGAUCUCGGCCGUUUUCCACUCGUUUCGGCUGACUUUUGGACGAGCGAUCAUCUCUCGGAACGGUCGACAAGGGCUGGAGCGACAUCGUCGCGAGGCGCGUCGCCAAGGACCUCGACACGCUCGGCGCGAACCUGA